AUGAACUCGACAAGCCGCCAUCUUUCUUUAUAGCGAGUCAGUGGAGGGCAAAAAUAACAAUCAGUUGGGAAGAAUUAUUUCUGCAAAAUAGCACCAUUGAAACAAUUCCACAAGUCAAUUCCUUGGAAAUAAUAAGAGGGGCAAGUGGAGCGGAAUUCCAGAUAUUGCACACAUAUCUGACAUUAGACAUAGCAGUUUAGUAAGCGCUCGACUGGUGAAAGUGGUAAAUAUGGGCCGCUCUCGGAGCCGCAGCUCGUCUCGGUCCAAACACUCCAAAAGUAGCAAGCACAGUAAGAAACGGAGCCGGUCACGGUCCAGAGACAGGGAAAGAUCUAAGAAACGGUCCAAAUCCCGAGAAUCGAAAAGGAGCCGGCGCAGAGAUUCUCGAUCCCGUUCCCGGUCCAACACAGCUUCGUCCCGCAGAGACAGACCAGCCUCGCCGCCAGAGCGCAUCGACAUUUUCGGGAGGACACUGAGCAAGAGAAAUGCUUUAGACGAGAAGCAGAGGAAGGAGGAGGAGGAGAAAAAGGCAGAAAUGGAAAGACAAAGGAAGAUCCGGCAGCAGGAGAUUGAGGAGAAGCUGAUCGAGGAGGAGACAGCACGGCGGGUGGAGGAGCUUGUGGCCAAGCGAGUGGAGGAGGAGCUGGAGAAGAGGAAGGAUGAAAUUGAGAGGGAGGUGCUGCGGCGCGUUGAGGAGGCGAAACGCAUCAUGGAGCGGCAGCUGCUAGAGGAGCUGGAGAGGCAGCGGCAGGCUGAGUUGGCAGCACAGAAGGCCAGAGAGGAGGAAGAAAAAUCGAAACGGGAGGAGCUGGAAAAAAUCCUGGAAGAGAAUAACCGCAAGAUCGCUGAGGCUCAGGCCAAGCUGGCUGAAGAGCAGUUGCGUAUUGUGGAGGAGCAGAGAAAGAUUCACGAGGAGCGCAUGAAGCUGGAGCAGGACCGUCAGAGGCAGCAGAAGGAGGAGCAGAAAAUCAUCCUUGGCAAGGGCAAGUCUCGGCCCAAGCUGUCCUUCUCCCUCAAGGCCGCUGAAUGAGACUGCUCCCCCUUCACCCCCAUGCCAUUCUCUGCCCUCGUCCCUCUCCAGCUGUCUGACCCCACUCCUCCUCCUCUGUGGAACACACUUCGUUUUGGAAGUGCUGAAGACAGGCCAAGGACAGUGUGUUCACUCCCUCGUCCAGGCCCUGGUCCAGGCCCUUGUCCUGUCCCGGCCUUGACGAGGAGGCAGCUCUUCACCCUAAAAGGACCUGACUGCUCCCUGCAUCCUUCUGCUCCCUACCACACACACACAGAUGAAUGCUUUUUGUUUUUCCUUUUGUUUUUAGGGAAUUUGAACUUUUGAUGUAGAAUGCUAUGACCUGUCCCUUGCCCCAAGUCUUAACUUUGGUGUAACAGUGAGAAACUGUGCACCUGUGCUCUUCUUACAUGUCUUUACAGCCAGCAGACCACAAUAGAAAGCCAGUCCCUGACAUAGACUGUGUGUGGCUUUGUCUAGUUCAGCUUACUGUUGAAGCAUAUGCGCAGCCUGGGAGCUGGUGUGCAGUUUUCCUGUUUUCAUUUCUUGUAAAAAUAAGGUGUCUAAAGUGGCUGACACGCAGCAACAAAUCGCAGCACAGCCUUUAAAAGCACAAUUCACUUCCCGUCCAGCUGACAGGUUUGUGUCUUCCUUCUUCCCUCCUUCCACCGCCCAUAUGCUUAGCUACAGCUUGUUUUCUUUCUGCGUCAACUUUGUCUGCCAUGUGUCUAAUGUUUUUAGCAGCAUGUUGUCCUGAGAGGAGCCAUAAAGCUAGUAUCAGAUUCAGAGUCGCUGCAGUGCAGGUGAACUGAGCUUCGACUCCCAGGCUGCUCAUGACUAAACCACAGACCUUAAACAGGAUACCUGCCUGGCCUGUGAUAAGGGGGCCUGUGGGUAAUGGAGGACAGGGGGCAUUUCCUGUACAAUGUAAUGUUAUUAGCCUUGCUGUGGUGUGCUGACUCCACUUCCCCCCUCCCUAUGUUAAGGUUGUGUUAUAACAUGGAUCCACAAUUACAAAACACAAAGUUAAAGUAACGGUAACAGUUUGGUUUUAUCAGAUGUUUUGUGGAAAAAGGUAAAUUGUACAAAACAUCCAGUCAUACUUGUGUUGUAGUAAAUUGACAUGGCAAGGCACCUCACUUAUGGAUGGACAAGUUCAGGUAAGAUGAGGUUUGAGGUCAGUGCCGCGUGCGUGUGUGUGCAAGCGUGUGUAUGUGUGUGAGAGAGUGACUGGGCACCUGACCUCAUGUGGGUAUACCUUUUUGUUAUGUUGGAUUUUGAAUUUAACAAGUAAUUUCCCCCAUUGUCAAGGGAGUGAACAGUUCAAUAAAUCCACGGAAUGCUUA